CCAAACCGUAUCUGUUCAAAGGAGAUCAUAAAUUCCCUGUACUCAAGGAACCUGCCCUAGUCGUGAUCCUUUAUGCUGAAGUGGGUACCAAAGAUUUUGCCACAUUUCACAAUGUCUUAUCUGAAAAAGCACAAAAGAGUGAAUUUGUUUACAUUCUCCGACAUUUUGUCAAGAAACGUAGCACUGAGAAGAUGUAUUUGUCUGGAUAUGGUGUGGAACUUGCAAUAAAGAGUACAGAAUACAAAGCAGUGGAUGAAUCUCAGGCUGGAGCUACAAGAAAUAGAACAGAGGAAGAAGAUAAUAAGAAUAGUGAAGUCCAAGGAUUUCUCUUUGAUACAUUAACGGAGAACCAUCCUGAUCUCAAAGACAAUCUGAAAGAGUUGAAAAAAUACCUGAUUGAAAGCAGUGAUAAUACAGAGCCUUUGAAAUUGUGGGAACUACAAG